UUGAUUGGAGUCUAACAAUGUUUUAGAAGUGUCAACCCUAUUUUUUUGUCUAAAAUGGGAUGCAAACAGACCAAGGUUAAGCCCUUCAAGCAGACAUCUUCCGAGGAGGCUCUGAAGGGCAAGAUCAACUGUCCUCACGAACUGUUCUACGCCAAGUGUCAGGUUACACGGCCCACACCCCGUCUAUCGGAGAAGGAGAUUCUCCAACAGUUACGAGAUGAGGGCUUGGUCCCCGAACGUCAGUCCAGCGGAGGAGUUGCCUUCUCUGUCCCCGCCGUGGAGGGGGUUGUUCCCCGUCGCAAAGUUCCCCGACGUCUGGAGCAAAUCCCAGUGAGAUGCUUCUACACAGCUGAGAGGAGGAGACAGAAGGCUGAUCUGUUCCGAUUUGACAGGUUGGUGGAACAAGUUCAGAGGAAACAACUGGACAGAGAAAUAAAACACAAAGCUGUCAAGGACGAGAAGAAACGUCGCGAGUUCAUCAAGAAAAUGAAGGCGGAGUACCAGCUUCAGGCGAGGGAGGAGAAACUGAAGAAGCUGGAGGAGAAGCGGGCGGCAGUGAAGAAGAAUCCUGUCAGAAAAACAGACUAGAGGGAGCGAACAGUGUUAAUGGUGGUUGUUUGGAUGUUGAGAACUCUGGAUGAUGCAAAUGCAUGUAUCAAGAACAAUUCGCUGAACUGAAAACCAAACACGAAA